CUUACGGUGCAACCUCAGACCAGUGCUUACUCCUUCAUUUCGUUCCUAUUUCGAGUAUUUUUUUUUACCACCAUAACGCCCUGUAGGACACUACCUUGGACGACCACGUUUUCUCUGUUCGUUCGCUUCAGCAAAUGCCAGUCGAAAGGGCUCAGGAUGAGCCACCUCUCUUAGCAAGCCAACCGGCGGCGGAAUUCAGGAAAAAAGAUGGAUCCCUCUCCAAAAUGCGGUCUCACAAAGGCAAUGUGCCUAUCCUACCACAGACGAAGCUUUGUCCCCAUUGCCCAGCCAAGUUCACCCGGACUACUCAUCUAAAUCGACACCUCCGCACUCACACCGGGGAGCGGCUGCAUCACUGCAACUCGUGCAGCUCUCAAUUCACUCGCAGCGAUCUACUGGCGCGGCAUAAGAAGCGAUGUAACACCGAACAGGAUUCUUUACGCAGAAAGUCUUGUGUGGCCUGCACAGAGUCGAAAAUAAAAUGUGACCGCCAGCAACCAUGCACCAAGUGCGUCUCUCGAGGGAAGGAGUGUGUUUUUCUAUCUAUACCGCCAGCCAAAACGACGGAGGCAUCUGCUUCCUCUCCGCCACCAACACCUCCCGCCCUUACAACAACUGUAGACGUAUCGUCGUUGGAUCGGUCGGUCGGGCCCAUAGAAGGCUCUUCCUCCGGCAAUACUGCAUCAGAUGCUCUUCAGCGAUUUGCGUCAACCCAGGGCCAUGAUUUGCAUACUCCAGGGCCUGGACUUUUGGCUACCCCGCAUGCUGACGAGAUGGGCCGUGGCGGGUUCGCGUCUCUGUACAGUAACGACUUUUUCGAGCCGCUCUUUACGGAUAUCUUCAUGCCGCGCCCCACGUCUCCCAAUUCUUUCCCACUCACUGAGGACAGUCCCAGAAGCUCCGAUACGGGAAACACGCCGGAUCAGUCUCUAUUUACGACCGGUUACAUAGGCCCGACCCCCUUCUUCAAGAGCAUUGGCUUAUUCCCUUCUGAGACGUCUAUCGGCACUUCUGUACAGCCAGCCAUAAGUAAUGUACGAUCUUUUCCUGCUGGCUCUUCGAGCAGCAAUAUCGAUACACUAUCACCCGAAAUACAACACUAUCUUUAUUUUUUUAAUUCCGCUUUCUUGAUGCAAAUGCCAAUUGUACAUGCACCGACGUUCACCAUUGACAAUAAGCCUGCUUUGCUCGUUAAUGCUAUGCAAGCUUGUGGUGCACUUUAUGUCAAAACGAGGAAAGCUGUAACAUUUAUCGAACAAGUCUUGGCUACAGCAAGAGAUUCGCUGGUGCAAGCUUUUGCGGCUGGUCCAAAGGAUUCUUCCGAGACGCUAGAGUUAAUUCUCGCUGUAUUACUUCUCCAAACAAUUGGGCUGUUCCAUCAAAAAUCUGAUCAACGUUCCUCAUCCACAAUAUUUCACGGUAUGCUCGUCCAGAUGAUACGUCGUGCCGGCCUCAUCCCUCGAAACGCAGCAUGGGAACCUGGGAGCAUAGAUCCUUCAAACGUCGAUGCUCUUUGGCGCGAUUGGGCUAUGUAUGAAAUGACGAAACGGCUUUUAUCGCAGUCGUAUCUCCUUGAUUGUUGCCAUGCGAUUUAUUUUGCCACUGCGCCAUCUUAUCGCAUCGGAGAAUACCUGAUUAACCUUCCAGGAGAAGAUGCGCUUUGGACGGCCAAGUCUGCUGAAGAGUGGUUUGCGAUUCUUCAAACGGCCUCACCGUAUGGUUCUGUUCAAAUGCGAUUAGCUGGACCCAAUAUGCGGCAGUGUUUGGAUUCAAUGUUACAAGGAGAGCCACAACUGCUUUCGCAGCCUAUGGUUAUCACCCCUUUCGGCCAUUUUGUUCUUGCCCAUGCCAUCCUCCGUAACCUUUUCGAUGUAUGUAUUGAAAGCCGGAUGCCCACGCAAGGCAAUACGAGUGAUCAAGCCUCAGUCACCAGAGAGAUAUACACAAUCCAGUAUGCGUUGCACAAUUGGCUUCGAAGCUGGCUCGCUUCACCGGAUGUUCCUAAACCCGGGAGUGAUCCUAAUAGUGACCCUGCGUUCGUUGAUAACGCUCUACCGUUCUACUGGUUCGGCCAAAUAUCUUUAUUCGCCUACCAGGAAGGCUUGCCACCUUUUGAGCCAUCCUGUCCCGAACACCUGAAAGUAGAACCUAGGUUCAGGUUGGCGAAGCAGUGGUUUAAACACAUUAGGAAGUUUCUUAGCCAAAACAACCAGGACGCAACGAUGUUUUGGGAUGAGCUUAUCAAAGUGCGGCUGCAGGCGUGGCAGUUUGAACGAGAAACGUAUCCUGAGGAUUCAGAAGGACUGUUGGCGUUUUUCAACAACCAGUGAUAGUGGGGCAUAUUGUUAAUUUUGUUGAGGUCUAUUUAAGGCGGACUGAAGUGGGUUAGCAAUGAAAUAUUAUUUGCACAUCCAC